GAGAUCCUGACUGUGCUGAGACGCUUGUGUCCUCUCUCUAAUUCUCUCUGACACCUCCUCCCAGCUGAGUCUGUCCAUCAAACCGCCCCGCCAGUCAUUAGCAAGCCUGCGGACGCUUGACUUGUGUGCUUUUUCUAGCCGUUUCCAGCACUGCUUUCCCAGGUUUGCAUCGAGACGGAUUUCCAACGUCCAAAUGGGGUCAUUCUGGACGUCCAGCCUUGACUAAGUGUUCAGAAACAAUGCUGCCAAUGUAAUCCAGCAUGUUUUGAAAUCAUCCAAAUCAGACGACGCAUCCAGUUGGAUCCCCAGCGUGUUAAAGUCUAAAUAAUGUCCCCCUGUUUACAGCACUCAAGUGUUUCCCAAACAGGAUUGUAGCUUCACCCUCUCAGAGACAGUGAGACUGUGUACCUUGCUUUUGGCCUCUUAGUUUUCCCCCGGAGUUUCACGCAUACAUUUCUCUCAUUGGAUAUAUUCUUCCACUCCAUUGAGGAACCAUCACAAGGUCCACAGUGUCACUGUUUCCAUUUUUGGCUCCACUUUGUGUCCUCGCUCACAUCACACCUGGCUGAGAUCUCCCCGGGUGACCUUUCACCCCUCGUCCCACCAUGGCCCUCUCCUCACGCUUAAAACUCUGGGAACAGAAGAUCAAGGAGGAGAAGAAGCCUCCAGCCGCCACCGCCGCUACACAGCCUCCUCCUCCUCUCUCUGCCGUCCCGGGAGGAUUCCUCAAACAGCUGGUGAGAGAGACCGAGAAAGAGACGCGCCACAAAGAGCCAGAGCUCAAGGAGGAGAAGAUGCCCAGGAAACUCAGCGACAACCUGGUCCAGAACUUCUUACUUCCCGACCAAACUCCACCGAUACUGGAAGCGGAGAUGGCGCUUCGAGUGGAGCAGCUGGUGAACGGGGAACGUGGCCGCCACACCGCAUUGACAGAGAAGAAAACGUCCUCCCCCAGGAGGAUAAUGUCACCCGACCCAAAAACUCCAAAAACCGGCUCAAAGUCUACCACACCAGAGGUCAGCCUCAGGACAGAGACAGCGAAAUCUCCAGCACCACCACUGGAAAAAGAAGUGAAGAAAGAAGAAGUAACGGUGCAACAGGAAGUUAAACCCCUGAAACAGGAAGUGCAAGAGCCUGAGGGUCAGAUCACUGUAACCCCCAUAAGAGAGAAGCCCAAGGUUCCAGUGAGGGAUGUGUGGUAUGAAGCUGGCAAAGUGUGGUAUGCUCACAAAGACGGUUAUACACUCGCCACUCAGCUAAAGCCGGACGAAGGCACACCGGAGCUCCCUGAUGGCAGGGUGAGGGUUCGACUGGACUCUGACGGAUCCGUCCAUGACGUUUCCCAGUAUGAGAUUGAAAAGCUGAACCCACCUGAGCUGGACCUGUGUGAGGACUUGAGUGACCUCGUGAGCGAAAACGAGUCGAGCGUCCUUCACACUCUGACCAGUCGAGCUAAAGGACAUCUACCCUUGACUCACGCUGGGCCCAAUCUACUGGCUCUGUGGCCUCCGCUGUCCUCGCCAGGCAAGGGGCUUCGGAGCAGACGCUGGGAGUCCUGGGAGGCUCCUGGCCCACUGCAGGCUCUGGUGAGGAGGGUGUACGUGUCCAUGGUGGGUCAGCGGAGGGACCAGACGCUGGUGGCUUUGGGCCGCAGUGGCACAGGGAAGACCACUUCCUGUCAGUCAUUUUCCCAGGAGCUGCUGAAACAAGCGGGAACUGCGGGAGGAAGCCUUAACUUAGAGCGGCUCCAGGCAGUGUUUACAGUGCUGCGCUCGUUCGGGUGUGUGAGCUCGUCUCACAGCGAGGCCUCGACUCGAUUCGCUAUGGUGCUCUCACUGGACUUUAACCACGCCGGACUCGCUGCUGCUGCACAUCUGCAGACUAUGCUGCUGGAGAAAUGGAGGGUGUGUCAGAGGCCAGAGGGAGAGAGUAACUUCCUGGUUUUCUCCCAGAUGCUCGCAGGCCUCAGCACAGACAUGAGGACUGAACUGCAGCUGCACCAGUUAAAGGAACACAACUCAUUUGGAAUUUCAUGCCCAACCAAGGUGGAUGAAAAGCAGAGAGCUUCAGUGGGUUUUGGGAAGCUACUGGCCGCCAUGAACACUUUAGGAUUCUCAGUGGAUGAGCAGAAGGCCAUUUGGCAUGUUUUGGCAGGAAUCUACCAUCUCGGCGUUGCAGGAACAUGCAAGGUGGGUCGUAAGCAGUUUAUGAGUUUUGACAGCGCGCAGAUGGCCAGCGCCAUCCUGGGUUGUGAGGGAGAGGAGCUCCACACUGCCGUCUUCAAACACCACCUGAGACAGUUACUGCAGAGAGCCACCGGAGGCGUCAGAGAGCGCCGCGCCGCAGAGGAACCAGAGGACGGUCCGAGACUGAGUGCCGCUCAGUGUGUGGAAGGGAUGGCAGCUGGUCUGUAUGAGGAGCUCUUCACCUCUAUUGUGUCCCUCAUCAACAGAGCGCUGCACUCUCAGCAGCUGACGCUGGCCUCUGUGAUCGUGGUGGACACUCCGGGCCUGAGGAACCCCAGGCACAGCGGUGAUGACCGGGCCGCCGGCUUCUCUGAGCUCUGUCACAACUACUUACAGGAGAGACUGCUGGAGCAUUACUUCAGCCACACAUUCACACACACGCUGGAGAGAUACACACAGGAGGGAGUAGCUGUCGAUUUCACAGCCCCUGAGACGAGCCCGUCAGAGGUGGUGUGUGCUGUUGACCAGCCUGGAGUGCAGGUUCGAGGACCAGAAGGCGACUCUCGAGGUCUCCUGUGGGUUCUGGAUGAAGAGAUGGUCACUCCGGGCUCCACCGAGAGCACGGUUCUGGAAAGAGUGUGUCAGUUCUUCAGCGGCACAGUGCGCCAGUGCGAGCAGCCUCUGCAGUGUGAGAUCGCUCACCUGAUGGGUUCAGAUCCAGUCCGCUAUGAUCUCUCAGGCUGGUUCGGUCAGGUCCAGAACAACCCCUCUGUCCUUAACGCCAGUUCCCUCCUGCAGAACUCCUCAAUUGGAGCGGUGAAGGCCCUGUUCAGUGGGCGGGUGUCCGUGCCGCCUCUGUGCCGGGGUUUGGGAGGCGUGGAGGGCGGCUCACAGCGCUCUCUGGAGAGAUGCGGCACGGUGCGGAAGACUCUGAGCGGUGGGAUGGCGGCCCUCAGGAGACAUUCACAGUGCAUCGCCGUCAAACUGCAGGCGGAUGCUCUGGUGAAUCUGAUUCGGCGAGCGCGGCCGGUCUUCCUGCAGUGUUUGAGUGUGAAGACAGAUGGCUGUGGCUUUGAUGUCCCAGCACUGCGUGUACAGCUGCACUCCACACACCUGCUGCCGGCACUGCAGCUGUACCGAACAGGCUACGCUGAUCACAUGUCCCUGGGUGAUUUCCGCUGUCGUUUUCAGGCCCUCUCUGCUCCCAUAAUGAAGCGAUACGGUUCUGUCUUCAUUACCCCAGACGAGAGGAAGGCUGUGGAGGAAUUAUUGAUUAAUCUGGAUUUGGACAAGAAAAGCAUUGUUUUAGGAGCGAGCAGGGUGUUUAUGAAGCGUGGUGUCCUGAGGUCUUUAGAUCAGCAGAGAGAUCAGUUGUUGAGCGGCUGGCUGGUGCAGCUUCAAGCGUCCUGUCUGGGUCAUCUGGGCCGCCAGAAAUACCGCCGCAUGAAGGUUCAGCAGAUGGCAGUGAGCUGUAUUCAGAGAAAUGUGCGAGUCCUCACUGCAGUGGCCCGCUGGAGCUGGUGGAAGCUGCUGUGCAGAGUGCGCCCUCUUCUGGAUGUCAACAUGGAUGACCAGCGGCUCAGAUCCAAAGAGGAUGAGAUCACUGCUCUGAGGAGACGUCUGGAAAAGUCAGAGAAAGAACGAAAUGAGCUGCGUCAGACUGCAGACAACCUGGAGACCAAGGUUACGGCUGUUGUAUCUGAAUUAAGUGAUGAAAGGUUCAGAGGGGAGGCCAUGAGUCAAGCUCUAGACACUGAGCGCACAGAGAGACUGCGCCUCGCCAAAGAGAACAAGGAACUGCAGAGUCGUGUGGAACAGAGUAAAGUGUCUUUGGAGGCCCUUGAGAGGCAGUUAGAGGAAGAAAAACAGAAAGUCAAGAAUAAAGAAGCUCUCAGCGGAGUGGCGACAGAAAGUGAGCUGCAGCUGCAGCUGGAAUGUGCGCAGACAGAGGUGGAGUUCCUGCGCAGGCGUCUGCGGCAGUCGGAGGAAAGACUUGAUGGUGAGAAAGAGGCCCGUCAGCUACUGGAUACAAAGGUCCAGGAACUGCAGUCUCAGUUUGAUCAAUCCAAACGCUCAGUGACAGAGCUAAAACGCCACUGCCGGCGGUUGACCUCCGACCUUCAGGAUGCCCGCGUGCUGACAGACAGCCUGCAGGGCCGCGCUCACGAGCUGGACAGGAAACAGAGGAGGUUUGACAGCGAACUGACCCAGGCACUGGAACAGGCUGAUAAUGAGAGGGAGCAGACGGAGAGAGCCAUCCAGGAGAAUACCGCCCUCGGUGCAGAGAUCUUCACCCUUCGCAAGACGCUCAAGGAGAGUCAGGUGGAGGUCACGCACCUGCAGCAGCAGAAGGAGGAACUGUGUGCUCAGAUCCGUGACCUGAGCAUCCCGCUCCACCUCACCUCCGACUCCAUCCCUGAACUGAAGAAGAAGCUCCGUGAGCUGGAGACCAGAGACAAGGAGCGCUCAGACGAGAUCAGCCAGAUGACUGCCAGAAUCAAACAGCUGGAGCAGAUGCACCUUCGCUUUGAGAUGGAGAUGGAGAGGAUGAAGCAGAUCCAUCAGAAGGAGCUGGAGGACAAGGACGAGGAACUGGAGGAUGUGCAAAAGUCCUCACAGAGACGGCUCCGACAGCUGGAGAUGCAACUGGAACAGGAAUAUGAGGAAAAACAGAUGGUGGUUCAUGAGAAGCAUGACUUAGAGGGGCUGAUUGCCACACUGUGUGAACAGACGCGCUGCUUGAUAGAUCACAGAGUUAAGCUGGAGAUGCAACUGGAACAGGAAUAUGAGGAAAAACAGAUGGUGGUUCAUGAGAAGCAUGACUUAGAGGGGCUGAUUGCCACACUGUGUGAACAGGUGGGCCACAGAGACUUUGACGUGGAGAAGAGGCUGAGAGACUUUGACGUGGAGAAGAGGCUGAGGCGGGAUCUGAAGCGCACACAUGCCCUGCUCAGUGAUGCCCAGCUGCUGCUGUCCACCGUUGAACAGCCCGGGCAGGGUCACGACCCCGGUGCCAAGGAGCAGCUGGAGAGACUGUGCUGCCAGCUGGAGGACAGUGAAGCCAGACGCUUGGAGUCUGAAAGCGCACAGAAGACUCUGGCUGCAGAGCUAGAAAAUGCUCAGAACGAACUGGAGAGCAUCUGCAAGCAGAAGAGCCUGGUGGAUGAGCAGCUGGCUCAGCUCCGCUACGAGAGGACGGACCUGAUGAAGAGGCUGGAGGAAGACCAGGAGGAUCUCAACGAGCUCAUGAAGAAGCACAAAGCCCUCAUCGCUCAGUCUUCCAGUGAUAUCUCUCAGAUCCGAGACCUUCAGGGUGAAAUGGAGGAGCUGAAGAAACAGAGACAGACCCUACAGGAGGAGCUGCAGACCAGCGUAGCACGUGUGCAGUUUCUAGAGUCGUCCACGGUGGCCCGCAGCAUCGUAAGCAAGCAAGAAGCUCGUAUCUGUGAUCUAGAGAACAAAUUGGAGUUCCAGAGAGGACAGGUCAAGAGAUUUGAGGUGCUGGUUCUGCGUCUGCGGGACAGUGUGGUGCGGCUGGGUGAGGAGCUGGAGCAGGCGGCCCAGGCCGAGGCCAGGGAGAGGGAGAACUCCCGAUACUAUCAGCAGAGACUGGCGGAUAUGAAACUGGAAAUGGACGACCUGAGCAUCAGAGAACAGGAGAGCAGCCGUCGACGCAUGGAGCUGGAAAUGCAAGUGGAAGAGCUUAGCGCAGUAAGACAGACCCUGCAAGCUGAUCUAGAGACAUCAAUCCGGCGAAUCGUUGAUCUACAAGCCGCGCUGGAGGAGGUGGAGUCCAGCGAUGAAAGUGAUACAGAAAGUGUGCAGACGGCUGUGGAGUCCUUCUCUAGAAGGAAAGAUCUCGACACCAUGUCCAGCGUCGGAUCCAGUGUGGGUACUGAAGACGUCGGCGAAGGGAUCCGUCAGUGGGCAGGUGUACCGCGAGGAGGACGAGGAGGCAGAACUUCUCCUUACGCAGGAAGCAGCUCCGGCCGCCAGUCUGUUACCGACACCAUGAGCACCUACAGUUUCAGAUCUUGCACUCAAGACCUUGACGAAGACGUCAAAGAAAGUUCCAGUGGUCUUGGCAGAGCGUCGUCAUCCACGGCCCUAUCUGAGCUCCUGGAGGGUCUGAGGAAGAAGCGCGCUGGGUGGGAAAGAGGCUCGGAGGCGGGCGAGGGGAGCACAGUGUCCCUUCCCAUCUAUCAGACAACAGGGGCCUCCACGCUACGCCGCAGGUCCUCAGCGCUGUCUCUAGAAGCAGAGGAGGGUCUGGAGGACCUGCCUCGACCUGGCAUACUGAAACCUCCCAGUCCGCACCUGCCACGUGCCUCCAGCCUCCGCUCCCUAUCCGAGUCAGGCCCAAUGUCCUCCACCACCACAACCACCACAGGAAAGAUGAACCGCUUCAGCUCCUGCGACUCCCUCGCAUCCAUGACCUCCACCGCAAGUUCCCGCCGCCACUUGUCCAACCUGGCCAUCCCUGAGGAAGGCGAGGAGGAGCCCAGCUCGAAAGCCAUGCCUCCUCUUGGCACCUAUCAACCAAUCCGACGCCGUCUACUUGGUGGCCUGGUAGCAGAAACAGAACAGUCGCAAUUGGGAUCGGAACCACUUGUAUUCCAGAAUCGCAGACUCCUCGGGAAUCAAGACAAGGAGAGGGCCGGAGUCGAUGCAGGGGACACCAGCUCAGACAUUCUCCCAGCCAUCCGUCGAGCGCAGUCCACCAGCAGCCUGGCAUCUAGCAGUUCCCGAACGGGCCAGAGACGAGCCCUCAGUGUGCACUUUGGGGAGUUGCCGCCCUCCAGAGCGCCACGUAGGGAGUCCGACUCGGACUCUUCAAGUUCUGGCGGAUCUCAGAAGCGCCGUGGGCCUCAAGGAGAGAGGCUGGAAGCCGAGGGCAGCGAGGACGUCAACUCGGUGAUGAAGAAGUACCUCAAAAAAGCAGAAGUCGACUAGAAGACUCAACGAGGAUUGAUGAAGACAUGGAGAAUUGACUCAGUCCAGAAUGCAUUGAGGCUCAUUUAACUGGAAGCACAAAUACACUUAGGAUUUAUUUUGAGCACUGUUUGUACACAAAGAUGUUAAAGUGAACGCAUGAAAUUCCUAAAAUUCUCACUGUAAACAUGCCCUUUAUUCGAGCCGUGCUGAUCCCUGCGGGUGCUUCAGGUAAGGGAAAUUAAUCUUGACCAGUGAAAGCUCGCUUUCCCUCUCAGCAGUCAGUGCAAAUUAGUUGAACUCCAACAGAUGUAAAUAAAAACGUCGAGCAGAAUCAUUGGUAUUUGCUUCGACCUUUCAAAGGAGAGGAACAGCAUUACAUUCACAGAGGAAAACAACUGAAAUAGAGCCGUUUUACAAAGCAGUGAUUGUGCGUACAAAGCACAGGCUCUCCAUAAUAAUUGAGACAGACCUGGUUUCUGCAAUCCAAUCAUUAACCUAGACUUAUUUGCCUAGGAAUGGAGUAAAGAAAAUAGUUUGUACUUAAUUGCCAGAGCAGAAUUUGAAGCUGCUAAACAGUGUCCAAAUGCUUUGUAAUUUAAUGUGCUUGGUAAGCAUAAACAGGCUAAAGGAAUAUUCCAGUUUCAGUUAUACUAAAUUGCAGCAUUUGUGGCAUAAAUGGUGGAUAUCGCAAAGAAUAAUUUUGACUGGCUCUCCUUAAAGUUACAAUGAGGCACUGAAAAUGGAAGUUAAAGAGGCCAGUUUUGGAGGUUAUAAAAAUCAGAAAUGUGAAACUUUUUAAAAGCUUUUCAGUUCUGCUAAAACUGUAAAGUCAUUCAAUGUGGUCAUUACCAAUAUGCCACAAGUGCUGUAAAUUGAGCUUAACUUUAAAGUUAAGGCUCAAUACAUGAUAGAUCUACUCACUGAAAGCAGCACAUUACAGUGAUUUUACCACAGUAAGA